CGCUCCCGAGGGACCAGGCUGAUGCGCUCACCCCUCCGGCCCUGCAGCUGGCAGCCUCGCUGCUGCGGCUCUGCACCGGCAGCCUCCACCCGUCCCCCCCAGCACCUCCUGGCUCUUCGCCUCGGGGCUUGGCCCUCACCCCGUGCUCGCCAGCUCUGCCAACGCCCCACUCUUGCUAUCCCUCUUGCCUUCACCAUCCCCCUUCCUCCUCCCCACCUCGAGGUCCUGCGAGCAGAGCUGAGCCCAAGCUCUGCCCCGUGCUGGGCAGUGGCAGCACCGUGUGCCCCCCGUGCCCGCAGCCCCAUGGCCGGGAGCGCUGAGAUGGCUUCCCUGGAGGAGAGCUUCCGCAAGUUCGCCAUCUACGGCGACACCAAGGCCACAGGACAGGAGAUGAACGGCAAGAACUGGGCCAAGCUCUGCAAGGACUGCAAAGUCACCGACGGCAAGAGCGUCACCAGCACCGACGUGGACAUUGUCUUCUCCAAGGUGAAAGGGAAGACAGCUCGGGUCAUCAACUACGAGGAGUUCAAGAAGGCUCUGGAGGAGCUGGCUCCCAAGAGGUUUAAGGACAAGAGCAAAGAGGAAGCCUACGAAGCCAUCUGCCAGCUGGUGGCAGGGAAGGAGCCCAUUAACGUGGGCGUCACGAAAGCCAAGACGGUGGGGGCGGUGGAGAGGCUGACGGACACCUCCAAGUACACAGGGUCACACAAGGAGCGCUUCGAUGAGAGCGGCAAGGGCAAGGGCAAGAGCGGCCGGGAGAACAUCGUGGACACCAGCGGCUACGUCAGUGCCUACAAGAACGCGGGCACCUACGACGCCAAAGUGAAGAAGUAGGGCCGGGUGCCCGCGGCGCCCACCGCCCCGGCCCCUGCGUGCUGCCCGUGGGGCCGGCGCACACGGCAGCCUCGGGACGUGCCCUGGGGCCCGGGAGGCUGCGCUGGGGCCAGCCCGGAGCUGGCGGGAUGUCUGCUGCCCAGCGCCAAUGUGCCCCGGGGAAGGCGCCGGGCACCGUGCCCUGCCCCAGCGUUACGUCUGUGUGUCCCUCCUCUCGUGCUGUCACCCCUUCCUCGCCCCUCUGUGCUGUCACCCCCCGGCUCCCCACCACACUAACAGCACUGCUCCUCAGGGCACCCCUGCCCCGCUGGCACCCGGAACUGCCCUACCUCAGCUCCAGCUUUUGGGGCACCCUCCCUGCCAGUCCCACUGGAGACUGCAGCCUGGCUUCCCUGCACGCCUCCCUGGGACCUGCCUUGACCUCGCACCGGUCACAUCACAGCCACCUCCGCCCCUCCUGCCCUCGCAUCAGGGCUGCCUGGCUUUGCCGCUUGCUCAGCACUCAAGGGGACUCCGAUCCUGGGGUGCUGUUAGUGCCGCAGCUGCUGGGCUGCGUCCCGGCAGAGCUCAGUGCUGCUGGGAUGCUCCCGACCCUGGGCUGCGCCCCGGUGGAGCUCGCUGCUGCCUGGCCACGGGCAGAAGACUCCGAGCUAAGCCCCAGCCCCAGGAUGCCGCAGCCCUGCGCUGUCCCCCGGCUCCGCAAUAAAGCCCUGUCCGCACUGAA